AUGAAGUAUCUACUUCAGGCGAUCGAAGCACAUCGCGGCGAUGUGCCACUGAACGAUCCUGACUUGCUCAAGUUGCUCUCAGAGGCACGAAAAGGCCGUGAUGAGCGUGAAGAGUACCAGGAAGCGAUGGAGCGCAUCCUCACAGAACUCCGAAACUAUACGGAACAUUCACAGGCUUUCCUCACGCGCGUCAGCAAACGCGAUGCCCCCGACUAUUACGACGUCAUCCAAAACCCUAUGGAUCUAGGGACCAUGCAGAAGAAGCUCCGGAGUGGACAGUAUAAGACCAAGGCGCAAUUCGCACACGAUCUCAAUUUGAUUUGGGAUAACUGUUUCUUGUACAAUGCCUCACCACAGCAUCCUUUGCGUCGCAAUGCAACAUUUAUGCGCAAAAAAGCAGAUCACCUACUUGAAUUCCUAAGCGACAAGAAUGAUACCAAAGAUCUGAUAAGCCACUGGCACCCUUCUACUACAUCCACACCUCAGCCUGAGUCUGAGAUGUCGGCACCGGAUACCAAACCUAUCGCUGCGGCUGCCCCCACAGCAGCCACCACCACCACAGCCCCACCGUCUACGUCGUCUGCAGCGACAGCGGUGGCAGCGCAAACCAAGGCGCCAGAGACGGAGAUAGUGCGCGACGAUACACCCCUGCCGCAGCGUGCUGCGCUACGUCGCACUGCCGAUUCUUCCCUGGUGUUUUCCGACCUAGACACCAAGCUCACAGAUAUGGAGCAGACGGCAUCCAGCGAUGUUGCCUCCGCCUUGCACAAGCUAGAUCGUGUGUCCAUCUCGCACAAUGACCCACUAAGCACCGCGUUGCAGCAUGCGCCACGCAGUAUGCAGCAGAAAUGGUGGGCUGCAUGCACGACCGACACUAUGUUGUGUGCUGGUAUACCGUCGAUUGGGUAUGCAGGCGCUGUGCCUUCUGACCCUGGGCCCUCGUCGAACGCCGCCUACACAUCGCGCCUGCCUAUGCACCGGCCUGGUAUCCCGCGGCUGAUGGCGCGCAAUAUACGUACGCUGCAGCGCUUGCAGCGGACCCACCAAAAGUUUUUCCAACUUGCCGAAGCCGUGGAGCUGGAUUUGCCUGUGCCGGCCUCGCUAGGCGAUGUCUCGUCGGACGACGAAGAGGACGAGGACCUGAUUGUGGGGCCCAGUACGUGGACACCUCCAUCGCCUCAUCCACGCCUGACUGCAUCGUAUGCGCGAUCGCAAGCGAGUUGGCAGGUCCAAACGCUCUUGGCGCAUGCUGGGUUUGAAGGCGCGCAUGCAGCGGCAGCGCAGGUACUUACAGAUGUCGCUACGGAAUACAUGAUGGGCCUUGCACGCACCUUACGUCUUUAUACAGACCGCUUUGCUCACGAGUUUUCCGCCGAAGAUAUCGUGGAGCAUGUUCUCGCCGGACGAGGCUCGGGGCUGGAAGCCCUGGAGACGUAUGUGACCCACGACAUUGGACGGUACGGUCAGCGCCUCAAAGAGUGGCUGAGCAAGCUACAAAAUACCAUGCGUGAGCAGCUGCAGUACCUGGGUGGCACGGUAGAAGACACGGAUUUGUUGGCGCGCGAUGGCGAGGCGCUCAUGCUCGGUCACUUCGCGGCAGGGCUGGGCGACGACUUUUUCGGGUUCAAAGAGCUGGGCCUCGAGGCAGAGCUGGGCAUGCAACAUCUCUCUGUCCCAAGCCGCCUGUUCUUUGGUGGCCAAACCACGCUCAAAGCAACCACAGGGCACGACAAAGUGGCCAAGCCUUCCUACACACCUCCGCCGCCUCCGAUUGUGCUCUCACGUGCCGCUGUCCCCGCGCAGAUUGGGCUGCUUCAGACAUGGUAUCUGGAGCAGCUCGGUACCAAGGAUGUGCUAGAGGACGAAGUGCCCGAACGUGUACGCUACAAAGUGCCAACCAACGGCAAGCUGCCUGCCCACGCCAUGGUUGGCGACGACGCGCGACGCGCUCUCAAGACGCCUGGGGCCAAAAGGAAGCGCGCUCCAUAG